UACCCAUGUUGACUCGCAUUAAUCUGACAAAAAUGUUCUUUGUUUUUGCUCUUUGUUUUAGGUAUUUUUGCUGAUUGAUUGAUUGAUUGAUUGAUUGAUCCUUUGCUUUUUUUGUAUAUCUGUGGAAAAAACAAGCAGUUGGCUAAACUGCUUUUGAUAAGUAAUUCAACUAUGAAGGAAAUACAUAGAAAACAAUAAAAAAGUCUAGAAAUAUAUUUUAAUGGAUUGAAAUUUCUCAAUAUUUCAGUUAUUAUUUCUGGUUUUGUUACAGUGCCAGUACUGCAAAUGUGGCAAGAAUAGAAGAGAUGGAAAGACUUUUAAAACAAGCUCAUGCUGAGAAGACACGAUUGCUUGAAUCCAGGGAACGAGAAAUGGAAGUUAAAAAAAAGGCACUAGAAGAAGAAAAGCGUCGUAGAGAACAGUUAGAAAAAAGGUUACAAGAAGAAACUAGUCAUCGACAAAAACUAAUUGAAAAAGAAGUCAAGAUACGUGAAAAGCAGAGAAGCCAGUCUCGUCCCCUGACCCGUUAUUUGCCAGUCAGAAAGGAAGAUUUUGAUCUGCGUGGCCACAUAGAGACAGCUGGUCAUAAUAUAGAGACUUGUUACCAUGUCUCACUCACUGAGAAGACUUGCCGAGGCUUUCUUGUUAAGAUGGGAGGGAAAAUUAAAACCUGGAAAAAACGAUGGUUUGUGUUUGAUAGAAACAAGAGAACAUUUUCUUAUUAUGCAGACAAACAUGAAACUAAAUUAAAAGGAGUAAUUUAUUUCCAAGCCAUUGAAGAAGUCUAUUAUGAUCAUUUAAAGAAUGCUUGCAAGAGUCCUAACCCAUUGCUUACCUUCAGCGUUAAAACUCAUGACAGAAUAUAUUAUAUGGUGGCCCCAUCACCAGAAGCUAUGCGAAUAUGGAUGGAUGUAAUAGUUACAGGAGCAGAAGGUUACACACACUUCAUGUUGUAGUUAAAUGUAAAGCAAAGUUUCAACAAUAGGGCAUAAUGCAAUAAUAGCUGUGUUUGUGAGGGUGGAAAGCCAUAUAUGGUCAUAUUUGACAAGUCAUAUGUAUAAAAUUCUAUUACUAGACCUAAUCUUAUAUCUCAAAAGGAAAUGCAUCAUAUGUAAGGCAACAUGAAAUUCUGGUGAGAUUGACUUUAUUUUGUUAUGUAUUAGAUUCAUUAGAUGUUGACACAACAGACAAAAUCCCCUCUAAAAGAUCAGUACCCUUCAAAAAUGAAUAACCGGAUAUUCAUAAGCCAAUUUCUGUGGCAUUUUUCCUUAUGGAAAAAAUGCCAUUAAGUUAACAGUGUUGCUAUGCUUUUAAGUAUAGUAUUUUGUAUUAUGAAAGUGAGAAAGAAAGAUACGAUGCCUCUAUAUUUAAUGUACAGGGUUUAUGAACAAUUUUUUUGUUUUUUUCCUUCCAAGUAUUUUAUAGCAAAUUUUAAACUACUGUUUGCAGUGUUUUUUGUCUUAAAACACAACCAAAGAUUCAUACCCCCGUGUGUUGAGAUUUAAUUGUAUGUAAUAGAACCGUUUUUAAAUUCUUUUAUAUAUGCUAGUGUUUUAAAAUUUAUCUGUAUCUUUGAAAUGUUGGAUGUUAUUUUGAAUGUUAACAAAAAUGAUAUCUUUAGGUAUUUUAGCUUUUUUUUAGAGGAUAGAAAUCAGAUAAAAAUCUAUAGUGAGCAAUCAUGUCUGUAUUUCUACUGAGGCUGUUGCUUAUUUUCUUAGCAAAUUACAACUUCUUUACAAGAGUAUUCCUUCACCAGUUACAGCGUAGUAGAAUUAAGAACCAUAAUUAAAAAGUCAUAACCAUGUAAGCACCUCCCCAAAUAACAUAUUUUUGUGCAUAAAAUGACAAGUCUUUGGAACAAGUAUUCACAACUUUUCCAUAUAAAAUAAAUGAUUGUAGUUAUAUUUGAAUGUAGUUUAAUAUUCUCCCAACCUAAAUUGGUUUAUAAACUAGAAUGAAGAAUUUCUUAGGAUAUACCAUUCUUAAGAUCAGUCAUGAAGAAAAGUCUUCAAAUCUUUCCUGAAUUAUAUUUCCAUUGAUGACGAAGCAUUUCUUUUUGGCACACAGACAUAUUUUGCAGCUAGUUUGAUAGGUGUCUGAAUAGAAGCCAGGAAAACUUACUUUGCAUCAUAAACAAAAUUGCAACAGUUCCAUUACACAUUCAUUUUAGUGCUAUACUUCAGAUUUCAUAUUCUAGAUCACUCUUUAUGUUGUAACAUAAAAAAUUGUUUCACAAAUGUACUAAAGAAACUAUCAUAAUAUUUAUCUUGAAUAAAGUGCAGUACAGUCCUUUCUGUUCCUUAUUAUGUCUGAAGAAAUGAUAUGGGACCAUAACUCAGUAACAGAGCCAUAUGCAUUAUGCAGAUACUUCCAGGAUUAAGCUCAGGCACCUCUGAUCAAAAAAUUAUUUGAUAGUCAGUAUGAUCUUGAGAUCUUACCAAACUGCUCUCAGAGAGAAUACUGGGCUAAAUCAUUAAGUCUUACGGUUUCCAGACUCCAUGGGUCAAUUAAUUGAUGGUCUGAAAUCUAUAUCUAGCACUUGCCAUAUCAUUUUUUUUUAAUGCAUUCAAGGGAUCACCAUGUUUUGUUCUUAAAAUUAUAUAUUCCUUAAAGAUCAUUUCAUUUAAAAUAAACCUAUGGUCUUUAAAUACUCUAUUUAGAGGAAGUUUGGAUUUUGAAUCAUGCUUGUAUUUGAUGUUGCCUUUUAAUAUUUUGAUCUUAUAUAUGCCAUAUUUUCAGUGCACUAAACUAAAAAUCUUAAAUCUCCUUAAGGAAAUUAUAAAUAAGCCACUUUCAGAAAUAGUUAUUGAAAUAUACUGAAUUUAGUAUAGUAUGUGAUGCCAAGUAGCAUGAUUACAGUAGUUUGGAGAUGCCACAUAUCUUCAGAUGCAUUUACAUGAAAAAUUACAUAGAAACUUGCAUUUAAAUUGUUGAAUCAGGGCUUAAAGUUAUUUUUCUUUUAAUUCAAUGCAAAUAAAUAAAGAAGUAUUAAACUUUAAUUGUAUAUACACUCUGCAAUAUAUGUUAUUUAACUUACUGGUAUUUACUCGUGUUUUUGUUCACCAUAGAAAAAGGCAUUAUGUUUAAUUCAGACUUAAUCAUAUUAAAGUAAGCCCACUGAAAUCUAUCAAAAUUAAGUUUGUAUCAAUAACAUGAAUUGCUUCCAGAAUUUUGUUCUAGACACAAUUCAUCUAGAUCCAUCCCACUUUUAAAAAAAUCAAAUAGUAAAGCAAAUGAAAAACUUAAUUUGUGUCUUCUGAAGGAAAAGGAGUUUGAAAAUUGUGCUUCACCAAUGUUAGAAGAUAAAUUCCAGAAUUUAAUGCCAUUGGUUUCACUGUUUCUAAUGAAUAUUUUAAUUUUACUUCUAUAUAAAUUUUACAGGUUUUCUAUUUUUUUGUAUCUUGCAUGUUGUAAUGGCAGCAUUUAAAUAAAUGUUAAAAACAUUUUCAAA